AACCGUAAUAGAUAUUAUAGAUCCAAUAUCCACCUGUUCCCCUCUAUUCACCCCUCGUUCAUUCCUAUUCACACCGUUCUACCACUUAUUAAUCUUACUUUGAAAACCAAGACAGUUUAUAAAACAAAUAAAGGCGAACAAUACUGAUGCAUUUUUUCCUUAAAUUAUCUGUCGGUCCAUGUCUUUAUCUAAAUGUAAGUAGUAAAGGUUAAGUCAAUGCAUAAUUACAAAAUAAUAUUGUUUAUUUGUUACUUCUGGGUGUUCCCAAUGCGCUCAGUCUAAAGACUGCACUUGACGGGAACCAAUGUGCGCAUAGUCCAAAAAUCAAAUCAAAUCCAUUGUGUACAGUGUGGUCUACAAUUUCAAUACAGUAAUAUGUUCCAAUAGUAUAGUUUCCAUAGUAUUCUUUUUUUUCUCUGCACGUUGUGACUUUAUUUUCGUAAAGAGGUUUUAUUAAGUUCUCACUUAAAAUGCGAACGGAGCUGCCGACUUUUAAAAGAUGCUGUUUUUGUGUACCUCUACGGUACGGUUUGCUGACAUGGGCGUAUUUGAAAUUGGUUGCAGUGGUCCUUUUAGCGACCUUUCUUGCGAUGUACCUGUACCGAAUAAUUAGAAGGUACAAUAGGAUCCCUUAUCCAGGAGAUCUACACGGCAUGGCGAUCAUAGGCGUGUUGUUGGUGAUCUUACUCAUUGAAUUCUGUUUCACUGUUACUUUCGUCAUCGGAGGACACAUGAAAAACUUAAAACCCAUGCGUGUGUUCUACGUAUAUAAUAUGGUGAUGGUUGUGAUCACCCUCGGUCUGAUGAUGAUCCUGGUCGGCCUGAUGCUAAGGGACAUGGAUCCAUCUCAUGUCGUGUCCUACUACUCUUGGAACUUCCUCCUUACUAUGGCUAACUUCUUUUUUACUUUGUUGGUACAAAUCUACUUCAUUCUUCUAAUAAGGAGUGAGAUCUUUAAGCUAGAAGGCAAGUACGGGUUCAGCUUCGUGAACAACGCGGCUGAGGAAGAGUGCAUCAUGAGAGGAGACACUCAAAUAGAAGAAGACUGGAAGACCAUAGAAGAUCUAGAAGAAAAUAAGACUGCACCGAGCGCGAUGCAAGAUGGAAAUGAAAAAUCUUGUGAACAGGGCCUGCGGUAUCCCUCGUAGUCCGGCCCUGUUGUCUGACGCUAUUACAAACCCAUCUAUAUAAUACUAAAUACCAUCAAAACAUCCUCUGUA